UAGUUGCUCAGUUGCCUUUUAGUUGUGCACAAUGAAGCGUUUAUUGGUGGUCUGCCUGCUCCUCCUGUCGCUGGCCCUGUUCCUCGCCCCUGGCCAGGCAAGCGUUUUCCGUGGGAUCCGCGAUGCCUCAGAGCCUGCCGCUGAUGCCGCAGAUCCUCCCGCCGAGGUUGCGGCUGGUGCCGGAUCCAACGAGAACGAUCUGAAUAUUGACUCGGGGGAAUCGGAGGAAGCGGUCACCGUUCCGCUGGGCAUCGUGUCAAUCAAGGCCCGCGUCAUAGCCAAGGAUCGGGCCCUGUGCCAGCAGCUGUCUCGAUACCAUCCGCACUAUCCCAAGUGCCACGAGUACUGCAAGCGGCAGGAGCACUGGAUAGGCCAGUGCUGGAGGGAGAGCUGUCACUGCAUAUCAUAGGAUGUCCAGGCAUACAUAUGUAUGUAACUGUCGAACGCAGAUGUCUCUGGGGAUACAUCUGGAAAUUGUAAAUGCAAUAGUUGUGCCACUAGAUAGAGAUGCAAUCGAUGAAAAUACAACACAGCUUAAGAUGGGAGCCUGUCGAGUUUACGACUACCGGUGGAUGUAUCUGUAAAAUUGAUCUGUCAAUAUAUUUGUUUAAUAUACAUAUGUAUAAAAUAUA